AUGGUCCUGGCGCAUUCCUUGCGCGACAAUGGCACAAAGGCGAGGUUAGUCGUCCUCUACACACCGGAACGGUUGCGACAAGAAACAAUCAGCGAGUUGAAGACCGUCUACGAUGAAUUGAUCCCAGUAUCCUCACUGGUAAACGGCACACCCGCAAAUCUCUGGCUGAUGGACCGCCCGGACCUAAUCGCGACAUUUACAAAAAUCGAGCUUUGGCGUCUGACGCAAUUCUCGCGGGUCGUCUAUAUCGACUGUGACGUCGUCGCUAUCCGCGCUCCGGACGAAUUACUCGCUCUCGAUGUGAACUUUGCCGCGGCACCCGACGUCGGCUGGCCUGAUUGUUUCAAUAGCGGACUGAUGGUGCUACGACCUAACUUGCAGGACUACUAUGCACUAAAGGCGCUGGCGGAACGGGGCAUCAGCUUCGAUGGUGCGGACCAGGGUUUGCUCAACAUGCAUUUCCGGGACUGGCAUAGGUUGAGCUUCACGUAUAAUUGUACGCCGAGUGCAAACUACCAGUACAUACCCGCGUAUAAGCAUUUCCAGGGCUCCAUCAGCUUGGUUCAUUUCAUUGGCGCGCAGAAGCCGUGGACCUUGCCACGGCAGGUGGUGCCGCUCGAGUCACCGUAUAAUCAGUUGCUGAGACGGUGGUGGUCGAUUUAUGACAAGCAUUAUCGGCCGCCAUUUGUAUCUGUUUCCCAGGUAGAGAGUGGUGUGCCACUUCCACCACGAGACACGUCCGUCCAUCGGGGUCACUCUCGGUCUGCAUCAGGUCAUACAAUGAAGAGGGUUCAUUUCGAGGAUGAAUCUGGACAGCCAUAUGUUGUAGAGACGGUGGAGCCUCAGAAUGUCCAGUCUCAUGAACAUUUUCCCGCAGGGUUUCAUGAUGAUGCCGCUCACGCUCAUCAAGAUAGCCCAGCUCCUACAUCAGUUGAACAACAGACGCAUGAUACUACCUGGCAGCAACCUUCAAGCCACCAAGAAGCUCCUCACGAUGACUAUCAGAAGUUCCAAGGCGGCACUGCAACCAUUAUACCGAUCUUGAGUGCGGUCCCGCAAUAUGUGCGCGGAGAAGAGCACGUUUCGACAUACAUUGCUCCAUUGCCCAGUCCUCAAAUCCCAGCUUUCCAAAUUCAGAGAGACAUCCAGCGAGACCCGCAUAGCCAUGACCUACAGCAACCCGAGGCUCCUCAAGAGCAUCAGCACCACCCGCUGCCGCAAACAUCCGGCCCUCCAAUGCAUCACCCACAGCCAAUUGCACCCCCGAGACCGGUGAAUGAUCCUCGCCAACCUUCUCCUCCACCGAAGCCAGAGGUCCCAUCUUUCGAAGCGCCAAAGGCAGAAUGGGAUGCCUCACGAGAGCCACCGCCACUACACUCCAGGCCAGAAGGAGCCAACUUCAAGCACCAAGCAUACACCAUGUCCGAAGAUACUGCGCUGUUCCAACCACCCCCUUCUUACCCCGAGGCUCCGAAAAACAUGUACUAUCAAGUUCCAGCGACAAAGCCAGAGCCGCAGCGGCUUACGCAGUUAUUCCCCUGGGAAACUCAUGCGCCCAAGCCCACUCGUGUUUUUGCCCCAGAGCAACCUCUCCCUCUGGCCUCGCCACCUGAAGAAGCUCUCCCAGUGCAGCUCAGUGAGCCACUGGCUCCAUCUGAGGUCUUGCCCCUACGAGCCCCCUUCGAGCCCUCCGCCGAGACCUGGGAGUCAUACAGCCGCUCCAACGCGUGGGACGAAGACCCCCACAUCCAACGAUAUAUCGAAUCGAUUCAACAAGCGCGACACGCUCGCACGCAAGUGAUCUCUGGCUCCAGCCACCCAAGCACGAGCACACGAUCCAGCCAAGACCUAACGGGUUCAUCUACAACGACCAUCACGGAGACCCCCUCUGGCCACCGGCCCAGCAUCAUCCUCACCGACUUCCCAACAGAAGUCGAGCGCCCCAGCCUUCCUGUGACACCCGCGCCGAUCCAGCGCAACAGGGGCAUCGGCGGCGACGGCGACGAGUACGAUGCUUCCGGUUCAGCGGCCCUCCCUGCUGCUGAGGGGGUCCCAAGUCAGCAGGAAUGGAAUCCCCUGGCCAGUCUGGAAGAACUGCACCGCCGGCAGUCCGAGGUUUUGGAGCAUCCGGAGCGGUUAGAGGAGCGGCUUGCUAAAAUUGCGCGCGAGCCUGGGUCUUGCCCCGGGUAG